UAGAAAUAGUAAGCGUUAUCGGAAAUUACAUAAUAUCAUUUAUAUAUAAACGUUUUGUACGAAACAAAAAACUCCAUUAACCAAUGCAAGCGAACUAAGUCCCGCGCAGAAGAUGGCUUCAGAGAAAAAAAAUACUUGCGACUUACAUAGCGCAAUACAUGGUAUGAGAUGGGAUGAAGUGCGACGAAUUACAAGAAGAAAACCUCGACUCAUCAAUGAGAAAUAUCUCGGCAUGACGUCAUUACAAAUGAUUGUGCUGGCCAAAGCACCAGAAAAUCUCGUGCUUGAAAUUUUAGAAGACGCAGAAAAGGAAGUUAUUGAUGACGUAAAUUUGAAGGUGGCUGGCAGAAGUAUUGUAUACUACUUGGCUUUAUAUGGGUACGUAGACGCACUCCGGCGUGCAUUGGAGAAAUCACAAAAUCGUGUCAAUUGGCAAACCGAGGGGGACGAUACUCCACUACAUGUGUUGUUACAGGGUAAGCACUCCUUUCGCAUUCACCUACAUGGCUUACAAGUCCUAUUAGACGCUGGGGCAGAUAGCAAGCUGAAGAACCAGAACGGUCUAACUCCAAUCGACGUGUAUGUGCAGAAUAAGUGUGAUGAGUAUGAAAAUACAAAUGCAAUGAAACAGAAAGAAGAGAUCUUGCAACUCCUUUACAGCGUCGCAGUUCCAGGAGAGGUAUUGGCAAGAGGUAAACAAGCUCUGAGUGCGUUUAACAAAGAUCUGGAAAAGGGACAAAUCACAGUAAACCAAGUGCAGUUAGUAGGUAUCGGUGGAUUAGAAGGCAUUGUAAAACCAUUGAUGCUGGAUAUUACAAAAAUGUAAGUUU